CGCUCGCGAAGACGCCAACACAGCUGCUUCAGACCGCCGCCACGCCGCUGAGACUCACCACAGCAUAUUCGACACGUUUCGGUACUCGUCCUAGGUUUGCCUCCCCGUCAGCUUUAUUAAGUUCCUCUCGUAGCCGCUUAGGUAUUUGCAGUGCGGCAUUGCUGCCGGGAAGGUCUGCCCCGGCUGUUCUCCAACAAGGCGGUGCUGUGUUUGGAGAGCUGGUAGAGCAGAAGGCAGUGAUCAGAAUGUACACGUGAAUGAGCCAGAAGGCUUCUUUGUUCGCAGUGAAGGUUUGCGGAGGGUGCUGAGAGAAAAGGAGCAAUCCGCUGGCGCGUGGCUUGGUGACCGGAGCACUCUUGCAAAUAUGACCUCAGUCGCUUCCAGAGCACCCUUUCCCACGCCCGCAUACCCCUCCAAUAUGACGACUACACACUACCGCGUCCCGGUGGGCGCCACUACCGUCAACGGCAGCACGCAUGGCGGGACCGGCGUCUUCACCAGUCCUACAGAGUCCGAGUUCUCGGAGGCAUGCAAGGACUCUGCGAGGGACAGCGUGGCCGAGUGGGAUGAGGGUCGCGUGGGCGACUGGUUGAGGAGCAUCAACUGCGGGCAGUAUGUCGACUUGUUUCGGCAAAACAACAUCAAUGGCGAAAACCUCAUGGACAUGGACCAGAGUAUGCUGAAAGAGAUGGGCAUCAAGAAGAUCGGUGAUCGGGUACGAAUAAAUGCGCAGGCGAAAGUUUUCAGAAGUAAUGUGUACAAGAGGACAAGCAAGAGAAACAUUAACAGACACUCGUUGGCAAUGCUGGACAAUAAUGCCACUCUAACUCCGCCUUCGUCAGGCUCGCCAAGACCACUGCAUUCCGCAAGAACCGGUAAUGCAACGCGAGCCGAGAAGAGGCUCUCCAGGCAACUCAAUAGUGCAGACAUGUCCUACGCCGCACAUGUAACUGCCAAGUCCGGCUCAAGACCAAGCUCGCCAAUGGUUGACCAGGAGAACCGUGCUGGCCGGUUAGCACGGGCCAGUCCUAUGGAGAACGCACGCAGGGAACAGAGCAACAGCUACUUCGCUCAGCCAUCCCACUCCAGGUACGGCAACAGUGCACGAGGCAUACCUGUCGAGACACCACAGACGGCGAGAUUUGCAGGAUAUCUUCGGUCUUCGCCAUCAACGGAGAAUCUCUACAGCGGCAUUGUUGGGGCUCUACCGACUGACAAGCCGCUAAUACGUGUCGUUUAUGAAGACGGCAGGUCAUCCGUAGUGAAUAUUGACGGCUUCCGAACCGCGGAAGACGUCGUUAGGGCAACGUUGAAGAAGAAGGCCCUAAAUGAGAACCACUUCCGUUCGUACUGCUUCUACGUACUCGACGGCACUGACCCGAACCCGACCUUUUGCAGGAGGCUCGGUGAAGCAGAGCUGGUAAAGCUUUGCAACGACGGCGUCAGAAGCGAGCGAGGACGUCUCAUCCUUCGCAAGAUACACACGGCAGAGCCGGAAGGCGAGCAGCUUCGUACCGCCGCACGCAUAGCCGAGCAACAGCUACCGGAGCCGCCAGCCAUCGAAGUACAGCAACCUAUCAAAUCGAGAAGUCAGCUGAAGAUCGAGAAGCUUACCGGCGAGCCACUGGCGGCAGUAAGUUAUCCUAUGUCGCCGGCAAGUCAGGCCGAGCGGCGCGACUAUUUCGACGCUGCCAUGUCGUCCAUCUCACGCAACGCCAGUGAAGCAUCAACAGCUUCUGCACGAGCCCGGAAACUGAAGGAGUACCAUGGCGGUCGUCCACCUACUGAGCUCAUCACCCAGGACCUACAGACAUACUUCCCGGAUGUCGCAAAGGACGAGAUGGAUCGUACCGUCCGGAUGUCCAUCCGCAGGAGUCGACGACUAAGCCGAGCAGUCAGCCGGUUGAGCACGGUAAGCAACUUCAGCAUAGCGAGUAGUCUGGCCGACGCCCCACCGUUACCUACCAUAGCCGACCACUGGACGAAAGAAGCUGGAGUACAGCGGAUGCCAGGUCUCAGGCCGAUGAGUCUGGCCCAGCUUGGGAGACCUGAGUCGUACCGAGAGUCCGUAGCCUCUAGUGUGCUAGAGCCGCUUGACGAGGAGUCUCCACUCGAACCUGACCGGAAGAGCUACGUCUCGUUCACUGCAGAAGACAGUCCCGAAGACCAGGACAACAGCCUCACCGUCACCGACCCCGAGGGCAACACGGUGAUGCACUCAUACUAUGAUGAUAGCCACAGCAGCCCGGGCAAUACCGUCGGUGUCUCGGACACUGGGAGUGGUAGCCUCAAUUCUCGACUAUCGCAAUUCAUCGCCGAGGACGGGGAGGAGCCGGACGAGGAGCUCAUGGAGCAUUUGGAGCAAGAUAGCUGGGACAACCUGAAAUAUAUGAAGGGCGCUAUGAUCGGUCAAGGCUCUUUCGGCACCGUCUUCCUGGCCUUGCACGCAGUAACGGGAGCAUUGAUGGCCGUCAAGCAGGUCGAGAUGCCUUCCGCCACUGGAACGUCGAUGGAUGCGAAGAAGACGCAGAUGAUCGACGCGCUCAAGCACGAAAUUGGCCUCUUACGUGACCUUAAGCACGAGAACAUUGUGCAGUAUCUUGGCUCAAACAGCGAUGACCAACAUCUCAACAUUUUCCUCGAGUAUGUUGCCGGCGGCUCAGUGGCGAGCAUGCUGGUAAAUUAUGGCAGUCUCAACGAGUCUCUCAUCUCCAACUUCGUCCGGCAGAUCCUACAGGGUCUCAGCUACCUCCACGCCAAGGACAUCAUACAUCGCGACAUCAAAGGCGGUAACAUCCUCGUCGACAACAAAGGCACCGUCAAGAUUUCCGAUUUCGGCAUCAGCAAGCGUGUUGAAGCUUCUACUCUCCUCUCGAACCAGAAUCCGGGCCUCAAACGUGGCGGUCCGCGUGUCUCACUUCAAGGCUCCGUUUUCUGGAUGGCGCCUGAAGUGGUCCGUCAGACAGCAUACACGAAGAAGGCCGACAUCUGGUCGCUGGGCUGUCUCAUCGUCGAAAUGUUCACCGGUUCGCAUCCGCACCCCAAUUGCACGCAGCUGCAAGCCAUCUUCAAGAUUGGUGGAGGCGGUGUGGCGGGUGCGAACAGUGAGAGCGCGAAGCCGGACCUGCCGGAGCAAGCGAGUGAGGAUGCGAAGGAGUUCUUGCGGCAGACGUUUGAGAUUGAGCAUGAGAUGAGGCCGACUGCGGAUGAGUUGGCGAGGAGUCGUUUCGUUACCUCUAAAGUGUAAUAGCAAGAACAACAGUAAUGGCUACACGGCCAUCGCACAUGAGUAUCACACAAUGAGCAUGAACUUGAGUUGACAGGUCGCUAUGAAGUCGAUCCUCGGCGGUGCCAGUAACUGUAAUCAGACGUCACUCAUCAACAUCUUGCCCUGGAC